UGUGACUACAUUUGGAGCGACAGUCCGUGUAGUGAAGGGCCAGUGGGGAGGGACCGCCGGUCUGAGGAAGGGCAGCGGUACCACUCAGGCCCACUUCACACCGCCGCACUGCAUGAGCAAUGUCUCACCCACCAAGGAACAGAUUGUUCUGCAUCCCCUGAUUGUCGGACUCUCAGCAAAGAAAGUCUUUAGGUCCAAUGGAAUCUGAAUUUUACUGGAGUAAAGUCUGGCUCCUGAGUUUUGCCUUAGCCUAAAAGUGGAGAGAGAACAACCCGUCUGCUUUCUCUUCCUAAAUGCUUAUUUGAAGAGCAGAGAAUCGACUGAAUCCUUUGGAAGGACAUGGACGCCAUAGAGAACCCCGUCCUGGAGCCCAGAUCGGAGCGGAUCGCUCGUUAUAAAGCUGAGAGGAGGCGAGAACUGGCCGAACGCUAUGGCAACAUGGAGGAGCUCCCUACCAAGUGGGUGAGGAGGGAUGGGAGAGAGGUGCAGGACCCAGCGACCCAAGCCCACAGAGGGACACUGAACUCAGAUGACCUCAGUGAACGAGUUAACGGCAGGACGCGAGGGGUCACAAAUGGAUUAGAGGCUGACGCUCCUCAAGAGUCCAACCACUCGGGAAGGCAGGGUUCCCAGGACUCUGCCAGCAUGCUGAGUGGGGAGGGGUACCUCGUCCCUCUUGGACUCGAUGCCCCACAGCUCCACACUCGGGUGUCGGUGGGCAAGUUGAGAAGUGCCCUUCUGCAGCAGACGGGGAGCGGAGCGCGGCCCCAGAAAGUUUGCCCUACGUCCUCUCUGGAUCUGGCUGUGAAGCCAGGCUCUGAGGGGGGUCGGCGACGCACCCGGCGUUACCUCCCCGGCGGGUCAGGUGGCGGUCGCAAGACCAGUGAACGCUUCAGGACACAGCCGAUCACAGCCAAUGAGAUGGAGGAGAGCAGCGGGCUGUUGGAUGCAGAGGAAGAGGAGAACUGUAAAGCUGACGUAAAAACAGACGACAGAGCCAAGAUGAGCGUGGCAGCCAAGAUGUCUUUGUUUAAAGAGCUGGAGAAGUCCUCUGCCCCCGAGGCCUCUGCCUUCCUGAAGCCUCGCUCAGGCAGCGUCUGCCAUGAGCGCAGGGUCCGCCGUGGCAACGACCAUCGCUUUCUGACUCAGCCAAUCACCUGUGAGGAAAUCGUAGCAAUCAGCGCCCCCAAACCAGCACCACCAGUGGAGUCCCAGUCUGUGCAGGAUGAGUCAGUGGAGGAUGGCGAUGAGAGCUGCAAGCUGAGCAUGAGCGAGAAGCUGGCCCUCUUCAACAAACUGUCCCUGCCGGGGAGGGAGGCGGGCGGCCCUGCCGAGGGGCCCCCGGAGAGGCGAAGGCAGAAGGGGGCCCGGUACCGCACGCAGCCCAUCACUGUGGAGGAGGUCAGCCUGCUCCAGAAAGGCCCCGUACAGCUUCCUGCCUUCUGUUUGUCCCCUCAUCUGUCCGACAGACAGCAGGCCUCGUCUGUCAACCUAAAACCCAGUGAGAUACGCCUUUCGCAGCCAAGACCAGACACCGGUCCCGUACCUGAGGAGCCCAGCGGCCCUACCCAGCAGGGCCUGCGGCGCCACGACUCCGAGCCAGGUCUGAGAGGAAUCCUGAAGAAGAGCAGCUCUGGAGGUCCAGAGUGGAGCAGGACGGACGGCGGUCAGACGGAUGCACCGUUCAGCCAUGAACAGAAUGGCGCCGCUUGUGAGGAAGCAGGAAUACAAGAGAGGACGGAGAGCACAGAGCGGCAGGAUAUUCCUGUACCACCCCGGAGAGCGAGACGCCAGGCUUUGGGUGUGGAGGGAGGCUCGCUGACUGCCGCCCCCUGGAGGCAGAGGGCUCGAACCAGGAGGGAAACCAUUGCCUGCACGCCAAUAAGAGCCUCGUCAGAGCAGGGCGCUCCUCUGGAGGAGAAUAACAGCUGGACUCAGCCACAGGAACAGCUGGUUACCUCUGUGGAGCACAGCUUAGAUACUGCCGGGAGAGUUCAGCAACAGGACGAGAAGGAGAGCGGUAGGAAGACGAAUGAAGAAACCGCAGUCGUGGGACACGUUCAGGUCACACUGAUAGACGACACCGUUACACUGCAGGAGACGACCAACACCAGCAGAAGUAAGGAAGAAAACCUUCAUGUGGAGAGUGUCGGCCCGCAGUGCUGGCCUCUUCUGAUUCCCCCUCUCUCCCAGGAACCCGUCUUUGCCUCUGUCUUUUCUAGCAGCACGCCCCAAUAUAUCAUGUGUUUCAACCAGACGAGUCUGUCCUUCGAGGCACAAGAAGUCUCCUCUCCUACCAAGAACCCGAUUCAGCCUCAGUGGAGACAGAAGACGAAAGGAGACGAAGAGAAGCUUCCGACCGAUGAAGCCGAGGACAUUAACACACAGCAGGAGAGGAAGGAGCAAGAGCACAGACAAAUGGCCAAGAGAGGUCUUGGAUCUCCAGAUUCAGACAGAAAUGACGUCUCUCAUAACAAGAGACACUCCACUGAAGCUUCAACAUGUGCAAACGAAGAACUCUCUGUGCAGUCUGUGGUGCAGUUUAAAGCAGCUCCACAGAGCCCCCCGCUCUCUGUGGCUCCACACGAGGUGAAGGAGGAGACACCUGUGGAUGAAUCAAACACGUUUGAUGGAGGUUUCUACAGAGAUCAGUCACCUCCCUCCGCCUGCGGCCCCCCACCCUGCGGGGACGUGGCUACCGCUGAGAGUGAGCAGGACCUGGGUGUCCUCUGCCAGACCAACACACCCAUGCUGACCUCAGCAGUAGCAGAGCACAGGCGGUCGGUGCGUCCGUCCCGUCGGACUCAGGGCUCCAGAAACCCUCUGAGGGCUCUCGCUGCCAGGGAGGACAUCAGGCAGGACUACAUGGGCGAGACAGUCAACUCAGCUUCAGAGGAGAGGAUCCAAGCAGAGAAGAAGUCCAAGAACUCCUCCGCUGCAGAUUCACACCUGGCCAGAUCAGAAGACGUCAUCUCGUCCUCAGACGCUGCGACUACCAAAUCUUAUCCUCCCUUCAGCAGCCUGAUGCUCAUGCACAUCAAAGGUAGGCGGCAUGUCCAGGUGCGUCUGGUGGAGCCCUCAGUGCGGUCGCUAAACAGCGGAGACUGCUUUUUGCUGGUCACUCCGCAGCAUUGCAUCCUGUGGAGCGGAGAGUUCGCCAAUGAACCAGAGAAAGCCAAGGCCUCUGAGCUGGCAUCAUCCAUCCAGAGUCAGAGGGACCUCGGCUGUGGGGCCUCCCAGAUCGUCCACCUGGAGGAGGGGUUGAACUGUGAGAGCGGCCUGGCUGCAGACUUCUGGAGCCUUCUAGGAGGAAGGACACAAUACAGAGGAGCCAGUGCCGAAGAGGAGGAUGAGCUGUAUGAGCGAGGAGUGGUGGAGUCCAACUGUGUGUACAGGCUGGUGGACAACAGACUGGUGCCUCAUGAGCAGGCCUGGGCCUCCAUUCCUAGUGUCUCCCUGCUGGGCUCCACUGAGGCGCUGGUGUUUGACUUCGGUAGUGAGGUGUACCUGUGGCAUGGACAGGAUGUUUCACUCAACAGGAGGACUGUUGCUCUCCAGCUGACUCACCAAGUGUGGGUUGGAGCGUAUGACUACAGCAACUGUCGAGUCAAUCCACUGGAUCCCACACAGUGUAACCCCAGCACACCGCUGAGGGGAGAGGGGCGUCCCAGCUGGGCGCUGUUCGGCUGCGUCUCAGAGCACAACGAGACGGCUCUGUUCAGAGAGAAGUUCCUGGACUGGACGGGCAGGAGUGGAGGCAGAGAGGAAGCUGCUCCGGUGAACAAGGAGACACAGCCCGUCCCAGUUCAGUCUCCCCAGCCCGCGUCCCCGUCUCCAGGCCUCCUGAAUGCCUGUGACGCCAAAGCUCUGGUGUCGGGUCAAUCGCAGGAAGGGGACGGAUUAGUCCACAACGUGUUGGCCGGGGUUGACGUCCAGAGGGGCCACGGAGUCAUCGCGCUGGAGGAAGGACGUCAGAUGGAGCUGAAAACAGUCGCCGUGGACACGUGGCACGUCCAGGAGUUUGAUGACAGUGAAAUUCCCGUGGAGAGCACUGGACAGCUUCACGAAGGAGACUCCUACGUCAUCCGCUGGACGUACAGCAUCAACAGCGUUGAUGACAGAAACGGUUCUGAUGAGUGUAGCAGAGGUAAAAAAGAAAGCACCGCCUUGUUCCUGUGGCGGGGCUGUCACUCCAGCGUCAGUGGGCGGGACACUGCUGCUUUCCUGUCUAUUGGGAUGAACAACCACGAAGAGUCACAGGUGGUGGUACCUCAGGGAAAGGAACCUCCCUGUUUCCUGCAGCUGUUCCAGGGAGGCCUCGUCAUUCACAGGGGCAAGCGAGAGGAGGCCCCCACAAAUGCAGCAGAGUGGCGUUUGUUCUGUGUGCAAGGAGCGCUCCCAGAGGAGGCCUCGCUGCUGGAGGUGGAUUGCUGCUCUGCAGGUCUGAGGUCCAGGGCCUCUGUUGUCCUCCUUAACAGCCAGCAGGGGGUGCUGUAUCUCUGGACCGGCUGUAAAGCUCAUGCCAGCUGCAGAGAGGUCAGCAAGAGGGCAGUGGAGCGUCUCACUCAGAUGUGUCCACCAGAGUUGGGUCUCAGCCAAAGGAGCCCCGUGCAGGUGCAGGUGGUGGAGGAAGGUUCAGAGCCUGCAGACUUCUGGGCAGCACUGGGACAGAUGGACAGGAAGGCCUACGACUGCAUGCUGCAAGAUCCAGGAAAGUACAACUUCACACCUCGCCUCUUCCACCUGAGUGCCUCCUCGGGGAGCUUCCAGGCCGAAGAGCUGCAGAGUCCAGCACGCCUGCCGGGGCUUGUGAUGGCGAUGCCCUUCGUCCAGGAGAGUCUGUACUCCGUACCGCAGCCGGCCUUGUUCCUGCUCGACAACCGUCUGGAGGUCUACCUGUGGCAGAGGGGUCAGCCCGAGCAGACCGAGAGCUCGGCUUCGACCUGGAGCCGCUGGCACAGCGAGAGGAGGUGUGCCAUGCAGACGGCACUGCAGUACUGCAAAGAGAUGAACCCAAGACGCCCACCGCAGGCCUACCUCAUCUUUGAGGGGGCAGAACCUCUCACCUUCACUAAUGUGUUCCCCCGCUGGGAGAGGAGCCUGGGGCCCCACACACAGGGCGACGCAGGGCGGGUGAAGCUGACCUUGGUGCAGGACGCCCUGGCCCAGCUCAUGAAGACCCAGUACCCUCUGGAGGAGCUGCUGCGGAGCCCCUUGCCUGAAGGGGUGGACCCCCAUCGCCUGGAGGUCUACCUGUCUGAUCAAGACUUCCAGACUAUUUUGGAAAUGAAGAGAGAUGAAUACGCCUCCCUCCCGAGCUGGAAGCAAAUUGAUCUGAAGAAAAGCAAAGGGCUGCUUUGCUAGACGGCGAGAACAAGCGGAGGCAGACUGACGCUCCUGCAGCAGGGACUUCCUCCUCCACCGAGAAGGGAAGACGGCAGGGGGGAUAUUUGCACCAUGUUGCUGCACAAAGGACUGCUCACAACGUAAUAAAAAGAGUAAAGGAAUUCACUUUUAUUUAUGUCAAAUUAGUAUGAGUGUGUGGACUUUUUAUCAGACAUGGAUUUCUCCGUAGCUAUUGUUCAAAAACAGCAAAAACAAAACACAUUUUCCUAUGAAACUUCAUUUUAUCUGUACAAAUCAAUGAAAGAUAAAAAAAAAAAAAAGGUGUGUGGCAGUAAGGGAAGGACAUCAGUAACAAGGACGGGAAAACAAAAAGGAGUGCUUACAAAAAAAAAAAGAUCAAUGCUAAUAAACGAUGUGAACGAAAAAAGAAUAAAAGGCUAACCACUUUCUAAAUGUUUCCUCCUCCAUCGAUCAGAACACCUCUGCAUGCUCAGAGCUGCAGUUUUUUGCUUUAAGUUCAGUUUACACAUUUAAAAAAACAGCUUCUCACUGAAAUCUGUGUGUGUUUGACUCCACAGUCUAUGAUAUGUCCUACGAUGUGCGGAUGUGUUCAUUUGUCUGCCAGCCUUGUGUGUACAAAGGUUUCGUGCCAUGUGUAUUGAAGCCUAAGCCCUUGUGUUCACUGUGGCUGUGGGUAAUGCCUUAUUAGGACUCCUUAGGGAUUCACUAUUAGCCAUGCAUGGAAGAGCAGGUAGAUAUGCUCCAAUAACGUCCCUCUGGCCCAAAACAACACGUUAAAUCUGCUUCACCUCAAUCAACACACUGUUCAAAACAUCCCCACAACACGACAACACAUACAGACAGACUGUAUCGUUCAAUAGUGUGUGAAAGCUCAAUAUUUCUAACAGGAAAAAACAAUCAAAGGAUAAUAGGGAUGCACUCAAACUGUCUUGGUCUACUUUGAUAUUUGUGUAAUAUCCUUAUUUUUGCCCACAUGUAGAUAGAAACAGCUAGUACAGUUGAAUCUGAGCGCAAAUUAUAGCUUUUUUAAACACUGUGUUGUCAGAAUUAAAGAUCUGUUUCUUGA